GGCCGGCCGGGGCCGCCCCUCCCGGGGAGGAGCGAGGCCGGGGGCGCCUUGAAAAGCGGGGCCGGGCUCGGCUGCAGGUGAGCCUGAGUCCUGCAGCCAGCAGCUAUGAAGGGAAAGGUGUGCGUCGGCCUCGUCCUCGCCGUCGUGGCCACUGCCUGCCUGUGCCGGCCGGCCGCGGAGGCACCGGGUGCCGUGGGGGACCCCCGGCGGCUCCCCACCAGCCUGGUCCGGAGGGACUGGCCCGAGUCCCUGUCCCAGGAGCAGCAGCACCUCAUCUCCCGCUUCCUACCCCACAUGUUCGCAGCAGAGCUGAGAGACCGCAAGGGCUUCGUGCAGGGGGACGAGGGGGACGAGGCCCUGCACGACCACUUCUACCCCGACUGGAUGGAUUUUGGCCGCCGGAGCUCCGAAGACUCAGCUGCAUAAGCAUCGCCCCCGCCGUGCAGAGCACUGGCACCCUUGGUGCAUCUUUCUUGCUGCAAUAAAGCUUUGGCACUACA